AAAAUAGUCAAUUUCAGAACCAAACCAAGAAAGCUAAUCCUCUACCUUUCCACUGCAUAAAAUAUGUAAAGAUGCAGAAAGGAAGAUAAACGACAGAGAAUUUAUCCCUGUGGAAGCUUCAUCGUGGUUUUUAUGUCGGAGUAAGCUAGCCAGAAGAGGGGUAAAGAAGAGUGUUCAAAAACUGUCAGAAAGACAUGAAGUUGUUUGUCCUCAGGGAGAGCCACUACCUCAUACCUCUGAGGGGCAAAAGCCCACAAAAGGAGUUCCCACUAAUGUGAAAAGUGAAAUAUUUGCCCCUGUGUGCUUAUGUCUGCAGCUUUGCAGAUGGUGUCAGGAAAGAGGAAUCCAGCCUCAAACAUGCCCUGUACCUCCUUCUCCCCUCACUCCUAGGAACACCUUGCCUGUCGCCUUCUAAGUUGUGCGAAUAACUUAGACUAUGGAAAUAAAAUUUCCAAAGGUGUCCAUACUUUUAACACAGGUCAGGAGAACUCAAGAUACAGAGAAUAAACAAUGAAGGCUCCUGGGUAGUUACAGACAACAUAAAUAUAAGCAACAUGCUUGUGUACUUUAGGUUUAUUUGUUUUUAUUUAUUUAUUUAUAUGAGUGUGUUGCCUGCAUUUUGUCUUUGCACCGUGUGUAUGUUGCCCAUGGAGAUAGAAAGAGAGCAUCGAAAGAGGGCAUUGAAUCCCCUGGAACUGGUCUUACAGACGGUUGUUAGCUACCCUGUGGAGGCUGUGAGUUAAACCUGGUCUUCUGCAAGAGUAACAAAUAUUCUAAACUGCAGCUCCAUCUCUCCAACCCCCAGGACAAAUGUUUGAUAUACACAUGAUUAGAGUAUAAGCCAAGAUAUCCUAAGCUGAAGUAAGUAGCCCGUCUCAAGAUGUUUACCAACUUCCUGGAGCCCAGGCACCAUCAGCCUGCCAGCUCUGCACACUGAAAUUCAGAGACCGUAUAGGCAGGAAGAAAAGCUAUAGGAGGCGGGCACGUUGGCACCUGCCUCUAAUCACGGCACUGAGGAGAAAGAGACAGGUGAGUGUCUGAGUACAAGGAUACCCUGGUCUUGGUUAACUUGGAGGAAUGCAGAGGGCAAAGCCUGUGAGUGCUUUAAACAGCUAUGUACUUUUAAAUCUCUUAGAUACUUUAUAUUUAAUUCAAUCCUCAUUUAAAAUAAGUUAAGCUGUUCUCUAUUGUUAUCAGUUCUGCUGUUAACCUUCUAUUGCAAGCAGCUUUUUCUUCUUUCUGUCUUUUUACGAGUAUAAAUCUUACCUGUUGAGAGCCAGGACAGUCAAGCUCAGACCCAGCCCUCCAGGCCGAUUCUAUACUGUAGUCACACUUAAUAUACAGUCCCCAACUGUUCAGAGAUCUGGGGAAUAUGGCAUUUAAAUAUUUAACUAUUAAAAAAACUUUUCAUAACAAAAAGAGACAGGUUGCCUCCUAGCAGCAGCACUCUACUUCCUCCACAGAAGACAGAAGACAGAUGGGCACAGAACAAUGUCCAUCUGCGCUUUGCUUAACUGCCAAGUGCUGACCACUGGGAAAAAUUGCCUUUCUUCUAAACCGAAGAUCUCCAGACAGUGGACAGAAUCGUCGAUAUCGACAGCCUAGCUGCUCGGGUCAAGGUAGGCUUGUCUUCCUACAGAUUUCUUAGCCCACAGGAUCUUCUGGAGCCUGGCAGGCCUGCACUAAACAGCAGAAGGCAAAUACGACCCUCAGCAACCAUGGAGGACCCGGAGGAGUAGCUGUAGCUGCCAACCAAGUAAGUUCUCUGUCGUUUUUUUUGUUUGUUUGUUUUUGUUUUUGUUUUUUUGGUUUUUUGAGACAGGGUUUCUCUGUGGUUUUGGAGCCUGUCCUGGAACUAGCUCUUGUAGACCAGGCUAGUCUCAAACUCACAAAGAUCUGCCUGCCUCUGCCUCCCAAGUGCUGGGAUUAAAGACGUGUGCCACCACCGCCUGGCUUCUCUGUCAUUUUUUAAUCAAUAACUCAAGUAAAAUUUUAUCCUUCUCAAAGAUCUCUGAUGCAUUUUGACAGCUGAAAGGUUUUGUCACUUAAAAGGACAGCAUCACCAAACAAAUUUCAAUAAGCAAUAAGUUAGCAAAAUUCUUUCUCACGCUGCCUUUCAUAGUCUUAAAAAUAAUUUUUAUUAUGCAAAAAUACCUGUCACAGUCAUUCUGCUAGUGUUUAAAACUAUGUUUACAGAAACCCCCAAAAUUCUUGUGAGUUCCAGUGAGCCAAAUUAAAAGAUUCACCUUAAACAGAUCAGAUACACCCCCUCUCAAUUCCCUGGUACUAAAAUUAUUUUUCCUAAACUUAACUUUGUCCUGUGUUCUGUUAAUACCUUAAAUAAGUCUAAGAGACACCCGCCAUUUCCAUACCACAAACACUGUACAGGAGCAAAGAGACCAGCUACUCCAGGAUGUGACCAGCACCCAGCCUUCUCAGGUUCCCACCAAAGACGACACCUGGUCUAACAAUGAGUUCCAGGGCUACACAGUUAAACCCUGUCCAGCUUUAAUCUGGGUCAAACUUUUGGUAGCAGCCUAUAUACUUAAAGGAUAUUGAUAAGGAAGCACUCUCCCUACCUCUUCUUGCCUUAGCUCUGGGUAGCAAGGCCAUUCCUUUGCUAGCAUUAGAGCCUAUGACUUUGGGAUUCUGGUGUCUACCAAAGAGUAGCCGAGACAUCCAGCAUUGUGAACUGAACAUCUACUGGAAUCUUCAACUUUCCAUUGGUAGCUAGCCAUUGUUGUCUAACGAUGGACCACGGCUCGUGAGACAUUCUAAUAAAUCCGCUUUCUACAUACACGGAGAGAUUGAUUUUUACCAGUCCAGCUCAUGCAGAGAGCCUUGAAUAAUGCAGCCUUGUUUUACGUCUCCUGCCCACUGAGGAAGAUGAGCUGGCUAACAUUAGUACUCAUAGAGACAGUCUUCCUAGCCCCAUGAUUCUCUGCGUGUUCAACUUACCCGAAAGAGUACACUUUUUAUUUUAUUUUAUUUUCAAGACAGGGUUUCUUUGUAGCUUUUUUUGGUUCCUGUCCUGGAACUAGCUCUUCUAGACCAGGCUGGCCUCGAACUCACAGAGAUCCACCUGCCUCUGCCUCCCGAGUGCUGGGAUUAAAGACGUGCGCCGCCACCACCACCCGGCUCAAGAGUACACUUUUAUUAUUAUUUAUUUCUCAAAGGUUUGCUAUGAAUUCUGGAAGAAAACUUCAAAAGUAAUGGAUCCAGCGUCCAGCCUUCUGGUGGGCCACAUACCUACUGUUAUGUUUUUUUUUGUUUUGUUUUGUUUUUUUAAAUCUGGUCCCUGCGUUUCUCUCCUCUUCUCUGAAGUGCCUGUGACUAACAGGUAGAAAUUCCUUCAGUUCACCUGACCUCAGUGAGAAGCCACAGAACAAGUAUCUAUCUCCUUUUGUGUUAAUAUUGUUAAUAUUCCGGGUACACAUUGAGGGGAGGGCUGGGAAAACUAGUCACACAGUGUCCAGGAGGAAGAAGGGGAAGUGCCUACUGAGUGCAGGAAGAGAGCGGGCUCAGCAAGCGGAGCCCGUGGCAGGUGCUAUUGAAAUGCAAAUCUCUGUAGAACUGGAAAAGGUCAGGGUCUGAGGUGGAAGGGAGUCAGGAACCAUUGUGCUGUGCCUUUAAGCACACUGUAACCCAAAAGGCGGUGCACUUGUCACUCAGGCUUCACUAGCCAAUCAGUACCUCCAGGCCAAACUGCCAAUCAGAAGUGGUGGAGGGCCCUUCCGGGAGCCAGGCUGCAGGCUUAGGUUUGCGGAGGAGGUGGCGCCAGUGUAUUGAUGUGCUGUGCUUUGAGUGCUGCUGCAGGGAGCUGUAAGGGGGCCGGCCGAGGUCGGAAGCCACGACAUGGCAUUUCUCUUGCGAGAUGAUAUCCCAUUCACAGCAUAAAGAGAUGAAAUAGGUGAAGCUCCUGUUCAGUUUCCUUCCAAAGUGACUUGGUGAUUACAUAUAAUGUCUGAAUAAGUGCAGGGAGUACCAGAAUUAUAUGACUGUAUUGUCAAAGAAGUGUACAUUUUCAGUGUUGUCAGUAUCAUGCUCCCUGUCGUGCACAUGUGUGGACAUUUCAGAACGCAGUGACCUAUGAUGAUGUGCAUGUUGACUUCACUUGGGAAGAGUGGACAUUGCUGGAUCCUUCCCAGAGGAAUCUCUACAAAGAUGUGAUGCUGGACACCUACCACAGCCUCAGUAUCAUAGGAUACAGCUGGGAAGACAGUAAUAUUGAGGAACAUCGUCAAAGUUCUAGAAGACAAGAAAGGCCUGAAGGAAAUCAUCCUGGAGAGAAACCUUCUGUAUAUAACCAAUGUACUAAAGCCUUUGCAUACGACAGACAUCUUCAGAGACAUCAAAGCACACAUCCUGCCGAGAAACCCUACGAAUGUAAUCAAUGUGGUAAAACUUUUGCACGAAAUUGGCCUCUUCAAAAUCAUAAAAGAACACAUACUGGAGAGAAACCCUACGAAUGUAAUCACUGUGGUAAAACUUUUGCUCAUCCCAGUGCUCUUCAAGUGCAUAAAAGAACACAUACUGGGGAGAAACCCUAUCAAUGUAGUCAGUGCGGUAAAGCCUUUGCAUGGCCCAGUUAUCUUCAGAAACAUAGAAGAACCCACACUGGAGAGAAACCCUAUGAAUGCAAUCAGUGUGGUAGAGCCUUUGCACUACGAGGUAAUCUUCAAAGGCAUAAAAGAACACACACUGGAAAAAAACCCUAUGAAUGUAAUCAGUGUGGUAAAGCCUUUGCUUAUCAUGAAUGUCUUCAAAGGCAUAAAAGAACACACACUGGAGAGAAGCCCUAUCAAUGUUAUGAAUGUGGUAAAGCCUUUAUACGUCACAGUAGUCUUCAAAUGCAUAAAAGAACACAUACUGGAGAGAAACCCUGUGAAUGGAAUCAAUCUGGUAAAGCCUUUACACAACAAGGUAAUCUUCAAAACCAUGAAACAACACAUACUGGAGAGAAACCAAACAUAAUCAAUGUGGUUAAAGUCUUUGCAUUCAUAAGCAAUCUUUAAAUUCGUCAGAAAAACAUGAAACUUUCCAGAUUCUAACAGACUAAAUAUUGUAACUGUAAUUCUGCCUUGUUACCUAUUUUGUGUUGUGUAAUUUUACUAUGUUUCAGUUAAAACCUUCCUCUUUAUUAGACAGAAAGGGGAGAUGAUGUGGGAUUCCCUGAUAAGGAAACUAAAUUUUAAUCUUGGGCUCAUACAUCUUCUUCCCCCAAUCCUAAACUUUAACAGAGCUCCAGUCGUUGGCUGCAACAGAGUUCUGCAGCCAACAGGUAACACUCAAGAAGUUCUUUGUGACCCUCACAAAAUAAAACAAAAGGUGAACCCACACAAAUCUGUUUAAUUUAGCAGGUAAGCUAUUGAAAAUAUUAACAGUAAAAGUCUUAGAAAAGGCAGAAUAAAAAUUCACUAUAAUCCUCUGAUUCUUUAGAAUUCAUUACAGAUACAUCAUGUUUAACUUUGAAAAGCUAAUAAAUUAUAAGCAUAUUUAAAAAAGCUUCCAAAUUCCAAAUAAAAGCAUACAUGCUCUCAAAACCAGAUGUGAUAUGGAUAUUCUAGGUUUUAUGAUAAAAGACAUAAAAGGGUGGAAAAAUAUGUAACCUCUUCACCGCAUCUCAGGGCUCAUUUCUGACGCUUCUUUUUUUAUGUUUUAAUCGUUUUCAUUGAGCUAUGUAUUUUUCUCUACUCUCCUCCCUUCUUUUCCCAUACCUAAGACCAGUCCAAGAGAGGGAGACGUGAUAAUAUAAGCACAGGGGUCAAGACAGUGAUGGUGAUACCCACAGAAACAGCUGGCCUCAGCUGGUCAGAGCUCACUGACUCAGGACUGAUGGCACGGGAACAUGCAUAGGACCAAACUAGGCCCACUGAAUGUCUUCAAAGGCAUAAAUUUAUUUAUCCCUAUUGCUUGAACUGGCAUCUCUGAGCACAUUCUCUUUGGAGGGGUACCUUGCUCAGCCUAGAGAUAGGAGUGAGGGGAGGACCUUGGUCUUUCCUUGAUGUGAUGUGUUAGAGUUUGUUGACUGCCCAGGGGAAGCCUUUCCCUUUCUGAGGAGUGGAUUGGUGGUUGGAUGGGCUGAAGGGAAGGGAGGAGGGGAUGAAGUGGACCGGGGAUAACAGUGUAAAAUGAGAGAAGAUUGUAUUUUAUUUAAAAGAUUCUUAAUAAAGAUAGAUUUAUAACA